GCCCCAUUGCUCCCACCUUCUCAAAUUUAUACAUUUUAAUAGCCAGUGAACGGUGUACACGUAUGAGGUUUUAUUAUUUUUUCGCAUAGUAUUAUUGAUGUAAUAAUAUUUAUUGACAUAAAGUCAAAAUAAAUACGACGUUGGCAUGUUACCUACCAUAUUGUAUGUUGUACACAGACCAUAGAAUAAGUUGACAAUGUUUUAUCAGCUGGUCGAGCCACAGUUCACCAGGUUUAAAAGAUAAUACAUAAUAUUAUGAUUGUUAUCUUUGUUACAACUGUUACAAAUUGUAGCACUUUAGUAUAAUACCCAUAAUAUUGUUGGUGCCAGGUUUUCUACCACCACAAGUCGUGUUUACAUUCGGGCAUCGUUAAUUAAUAAUUAUUAUUAUAUUAUUAUACUAAUAUACUAUAAUAUUACUAUUAUAAUUUAGUGAUUAGUCCAGUCUGUCGUGGCUCUGUUGAAUAUUUAAGAUAGACAUUAAUUAUUAUUUGUUUAAAUUUGUUGUUAUUAAAGCGCAUUAUACAUAAUAUUAAACUCGUAAUUAUUACCUGCCUACCGGUUUUAUAGUAGUCGCAGCCGAGAUAUUCUAAUUACAAUAACUCGGACUAUUUCAAUUUGCAAUACAACAGGUAACGUCAUGUACCUAUAAUAUACGCGUUACAUUGCCAACAUUUGCGACUUGUGUUGUCGGUGAAUUUGGAAAAUGGAUAAAGUUGGUUUUGAAGUUAGCCUUUUUACCAUGAGCGAUAACGAUCCGUGCGAAUGUUUUUGGAAUCAUGAGCUAUCUAUGCAACGACUGCUGUCACUGCUACGUCAGUCACAGUCGGCAUGCACAGAUAUUGAUUGCUUGGAACCAGUGCAAAGAUUGGAUGGACCAUUGGCAUCAAACAGUGAAGAUACUAAUUUCAUCUUAUUAACCGGAAUUUGGGUUGUUGUUGCUUUGGCUUUGUACUUUAUGCGUCCUAAUCCGGCUCGUGCACAAGAGGAAACUAUAAAAAAAUUACCAUUUGGUGGAUCUGACAAUAGUGGAUCAGAUGAUCCACCAUCGCCACCUCCUCCAUCAAUGGGCGCCCAGUGAUGAUAUAAUAUUUUGACGAUACAUUCUACAAGAAUUUUGAGCUCGCUCAAUCUAAAAUUCCCUUCCAUUAUUCCACAGAUAAUCAUUAUAAUCACAUAGAUUUAAGAACUUAAAAUUUUAAUUAAAGUUUCCCACUUGACUGACAAAAUCCACUGCACUAAAGUGAAACAACUAUUCAUUGUUUUUAUAUAACAAAAAAAUAUAUAUACCUUAACUUUAAACAUGAUAAAAUGUUAUUAUAUACGCACACAUAAGAUAAUACGUUUUCUUUAUCGUCAAUAUGACUAGAGACCAGAAUAAUUGUAUGCAUCAUCAUAUUAAUACUGCGUGUAUGCACAACUAUGAGGGUUUUAAUGUGGGCUUUUUAAAUCAAGCUGAUUCUAUAGAGGAAGUUUUAUUUUGUUAUUAAAGCAUAUAAUUUGUAUAUUUUAUAUACUUUUAAUAAAAAAAUCUUUCCUUGGUCAUCUUUAAAAUAAAAACGGGGAUUAUUAAGUUGAUCAACAGUUGAUUUUAAAUAAUCACAAAAAUCUUUUUGAUAAUCGAAAUUUAUAUUUUUUUUUUUGCUUGACAUAGUUUUGUUUUCAACACUGUAUUUAUAAUAACUAUGCUCCUUACAGAUAAAAAGUAACAUUGUUACUUUGAGGGUUUAUAUCUUUGAUUAAACCCACUGAACUAAGUAUAAUAAAAAUAUAAAAUUAAUACAUGUAUAAUUUUUGGGUUAAAAUUCUAAACAUUUUUAAAUGAAUACAAAAUAUGUGAUUUACUUAAAGUUUUUAUUACAGAGAUAAUUUGAUUAUCUGUCUAUUAUACAGUCAGACUAUAUAGUCUACUGAAGAUAUUCUGUAUUAAAAUACUCUGUAGCAUAGACUUUUAAAAAAAAAUUAUUAACUUCUUUUUUAUUUUGGUCCAAAUUUUUAAUGUAUAUACUCAAUACUGCAUAUUUUGUCAUUUGAUUAUUUUUAACAUUUUUUUAGUGCAUAUAAUUCCGGUCUCUAAUUAUGACAAACAAUGAAGUUAUAUUGGUGAUGUGUGUUAGUUGAGUGGAAAAUAUUAUUAAUUAUUAUACAUUAUAAUAUUAUAUAUUACUUUUAUCAUAUGCAAUAACAAGGAGAGAAAAUGUACAGAAAUGUAUUUAGUAUUUGAGUGUGUGAAUUGAUUGAUUUAUUAUAGCUGUUUUAUUUUUAAUUUAAAUCUUAUUUUAUUGUUAUUUUGUUAAAUUAAUAUUUUAAUAUAUUUACAAGAACCGAUAAUGCA